AUCUCAUCAUGAGUAAAUGUGAUGCAGGCUUGGACGACUCGUCAUUUUUUGCAGCGGAGGCCACCAUCUUCAUCCUUUUACGCACCACGUUCAUGUUGAGCGACUCAACGUCCAUUCACCCAUUCAUCCAGCUCGCUGCGGACAGUGCUGCUUCACCUGCGGCAUGUAACCCGGGUUAUUUUCCAGUUUAGCUCGGUGUCUGCUGCGUCUAACACACACACACACCACAGCCAUGGAGAAGCAGUGAGGUCUGGAUCGGAUCCACCGCCCUCCUCCUCCUCCUCCUCCUCCAGACCGCCGGGGGAGACACGGAACUCCACGCCGCCUGGAGAAAGCCAAGGUCGGGGAGGAGAGUGUGGAAAUGCUCGGUGUCUCCGGAUCUGGACGAGCUGCCUUUGCCGUCAUGUGAACGCGGACGGGGCGCGUCAACCUGCCGGGGACGAUGGUUGUGGUAAAACCAUGCGGCUGGACAGUGCGCCAUAGCCUCUGCUGUCCCCUGCCUCCCACCUGAUCGUCCUCCUGUCCUCCAGCUCUCCUGUCCGCCUCCUCCGUCCCCCCCCCCCAUUCCUCUCUCCUCCUCUCGUCCACCAUGACGACCACACUGGAGACGCUGCUGACGGAGCAGGAGCAGUGGCCUGAGCGGCUGAGUGGCUGCGAGGACUUUAGCGGCCGCUACAAGGUGGUCCCCUCCGUCGUCUGCUCCAUGUGCUGUCUCUUCGGCAUCAUUUACUGCUUCUUUGGCUACCGCUGCUUCAAAGCGGUGAUGUUCCUCACGGGCCUGAUGUUCGGCUCCAUCGUCAUCUUUAUGCUCUGCUACAAGGAGCGCGUGCUGGACACCCAGCUGAGCGUGGAGGCCUCGGUGGGCAUCGGCCUGGGCAUCGGCACGCUCUGCGGCCUGGUCACCAUGCUGGUUCGCAGCGUGGGUCUCUUCAUGGUGGGCCUGCUGCUCGGGCUGCUGGUCGCCGUGGCCACCCUGGUGGGUAUGGAGGAGCUGUCCGACAGCCCGCCGCGCUCCGUCUGGGUGCCCCUGGGCGUGCUGCUUGGCCUGGGCAUGCUGUUCGCCGUGCUCACGCUGCAGUGGCAGCGCCUCUUCACCACGCUGUCCACGGCGGUGUUCGGCGCCGCGGUCAUCACUGUGGCCCUGGACUACUUCGUGGAGCUCUUCGCCCUCGUGCUGUACAUGUAUGAGCGAUUGAAGGCGGCGCCCGGCAAACCCGUGUGCUGGCUGACGUGGGUGGUGCUCGGAGUGUGGCCCGCACUCACCCUGCUGGGCGUCAUUGUCCAGUGGAAGGUGACCGCUGAGGGAUACUCCCACACAAAGGUGAUCAUCAGCCGGCAGCAGAGGCGGAUGCAGGUGAUGCGGAUACGUCAGCGGGACGACCGCUACCGCAGCAAGAAGAAGAGGAAGCAGCAGCAGCAGCAGCAGCAGCAGCACGGCUCCGCCUCCUCGUCCCACCAUCACCACCUGGCCAAGCAGCUCACCGACCCCGCCUACCGCCGCAAGCCCAUCCCCAUCCGCCGCUACGACACGGACGUCCUCUCGCCGAGCUACAUCCAGAGUUUCCGAGAGCGGCAGGUGCAGGUGCAGGCGCAGCCUUUCCCCGGACGGUCGGUCGGGGGCCCUCACGAGGUGGUGGAUAUGGGCUAUGACUGCAGCUCCACGACGCCCCUCAGUGGAGCAGCAGGACCUUCGCUACGGGUCUGACCGCUCGUCCACCUCACAGAGGCCUGAACAUGCCACAGAACCAGGGAGACGGGACUCUGAAACCACUGUCCCAAACACACUGGGUUUAGCCUCGCCCCAUAAGAGGAUGAUAAUAUGUUUAGGGCUGGGUUCAUCCAAAAAAAAUUGACUUGUUUAACCAUUUUACUAAUAAAAAAUGUUAGGUUUAUAAAGAGCCACUCUCCUCGCGGAGACCUGCUGGAGCUGUCAGUGUGGUGCGGAGGUUUUGGUCUUCAGACCUCUUUUCACUGUCUCUCAGAAGAUUCAAAUGCACAAAACGCAUGCAUGCACUUACACAAAAACAAACAAACACACACACACACACACACCGCAACUACACUCGGAACGGAGCCUGCUGCACGUGGUUUUUGACCUGUACGUCACCAUCUCAGGUCGAAACCAGAUCAGGGAUUUUAGAGUUUGAGUGCAAACCUCGCCUCAGGUUUCAAACAACAACUGGGCAAAGUGUGAAGAAUUUAAAGUAGAAGUUUGCCCAGGCCUUGUUUCAGCGUGCUGUUUCUACUGCUGCCGUCAUUUUUCCAGCUGAUGCUGCAGCCUCAGCCCGUCAUUGGCCUCUUGAAGCCUGAUAAAGAUUAUCCAUAAAGGGAAGUAAAGAUGCAAACGGGGAUCCUUUUUGUUUGCUUUCUGUGCCAUCUGGACUAAAAGGAAAACCCUUUUGUCACUACUGGUGCUGGAUGAUACCGCAACUUCAAACUUCCUCUUCUUUCCCCUGAGGGCUGGGGAAUCUGUUUAAACAGGUGCCUUUGCCCCUCCUUGGACUGUACCAUCUGUAGGAGGGGAUUACUGGAAGAUCUCCCAUUGAUGGCUAUUUUUGUUCUUUUUCAUUAAAUGUGAUCACAGAAUUUUUUUUUUAUUUUCAAAUUCAGGUCACAUUCAUGCCCCAUUCAGGGGCAGGGGGUUGGGGGGCAACAAGCAGGGUAGAAAAUACAGAAAAGCAAAUGUUAUACUGGCACCUCCUUGAGAUUUCACUGCACAAAAAACAUUUUUAUUGUAUUGUGUUACAUUUUUACUCUGAGAGAUUAUUCACUCUGCCGAUCGGAGCGGUCGUAUAUGUUUUUAUCGCAUAUUUGUAAAUUGAUUUAUUUCCUCUGUCAGUCACUGUGUCUCUGAAACAAUCUGAUAUAUAGAUCUAAUGAAAUGAUAUAAUAUAUUUAAAGGGGUGUUUUAUGUCAAAAAAGAAGAAAUACAGUCCAAUCCUCAUGUUAUAUCACGAUUACACACUCCUGUGUUUCAGAAACGAAGGAGUUCCUCCUCUAAUUGCAUUUCCAUUUUUCCCCACCAUCUUUUGUCAUUUGAAACUUUGCGUCUCAGUAACAUCAGCGUCUGCUUUUUGGUUUUUUUUGGUUUUAUUGCUAUUGUGUCGCCAAAAAAACGUCCAAAACAACAACCUUAACGAGAGAGAGUGAGCGUGCCGAGGUGUCAGUGUAAAUAAAACUCAGAGAGUCGGAUUUAAAAAGGAAAAAAGUGGACUAGUGGCCAUACCAACUUGUACUUGGACUCCUCCAAUCAUGUGCAUUGAUAUUCCUCUUUUGGACAAACAGUGAAAAUGUGAAUACUUCUUAUUAUUAUCGCCUUUUACCUUUUUGUUGGUUUUUUUUUGAGGGAAAUGAGGAUUUUUAACUUUGUCUGUGGGAAAGAGAAAUGCAUGAUCCCACUGAUCCUUCCUGCCCCCCGAUCGACCGUCGGUGGAGUCGUGUUUCCUCUCCCUUCACCCCUUCAUGUGCAUUGAUGUGAAACUUGUACAUAACUCAGCACUUAAUGUUUUUUUUCAAAUCAUUUUAUCUUUUUUUUUUCUAAUUGAACUGAGAAAUGAUCUCUUUUUUUCCCAGUGUAUUUAUUGUCUGAUUUAUUUAUUUACUUCAGUCAAGGAGAGUGCAAUGUCACCACUGUAGGCCAGUAACGCCAUGCUUUUCUUUCUUUUCCUUUUCUUUUUUUUACAUGGACUAUUGCGACUAUGAUUAUUAAAGCAUGUGUUCCUAUGGGCCUGUAUACGA